GUUAAGUGUGAAGUAUAUUUGCUGCUUUUCAACACAUAUGGUCAUUAUAAUGCAGUGCGGAAGAUCUGGAGGCAGAUACACAAGACUUUGAAGCUCCCACCUGGAUUUGACCAGCACGUACAGCUCCAACUAAACAAACAUGGAUGAGAUGCAGCUGGAGAGACUCUUCCCGCAGGUGGACAGUCUGCUGGAGAUGGCUCAGCUCUUAAACUCCCUUAAACAACGAGGAUUCGACUCCAUGGAAGAAGGCAGCAGUCAGAGUUACUGCAUUCACAGAAUCGGAGACAUCUUCAUCGCACAGUUCUCAGGUGAAUUGAGAGACAAACUGCAGUACUGUUAUGGAGUUUUCUGCAGUCACCACACUGAUGCAGUCCACUGGUACAGAUACCUACUGCUAAACAGCAAGAAGUUUCAGAGUUUCAUCAGAAAAAUAUGCCGGCUGUCCAUCAUACGAAGAUUGGGAAUACCAGAGAUUAUUCUACUUAUAACACAUUGCAUCACUAACUAUCAAGUGCUUGUUGAACGUGUCAUUACAUACAGUCAAGCUGACUCAGAGAAGCACAGGGAACUGGUACAAGGUCUGGAGCUGCUUAAAGACACCAUAGCUAAAGUAAAUAUCCCUGUGGACGAGUUUGAGAACGCAGCAAGACUGAGGGACCUGAGCAAUAAACUAGAGCCUAAGUCCCAGGUGAAGAUGGCCCACGGUCGAGUGUUUCGCAGAGAGGACAUGUUGCAGGGCGACAGGAGGCUGCUGUAUGAGGGGAUGCUCAACUGGAGAUCAACAUCUAACAAAAGCAAAGAUGUCCUUGUCCUGCUGUUAUCAGAUGUUUUGCUGCUGUUACUUGAGAAAGAUCAGCGACUUACCUUUGCUUCACUGGACAAUCAACCUCCAGUGAUCCCACUUCAGAAGCUCACAGUGCAUGAGGUGGCUCACGACGAAAAGGCUCUGUUUUUGUUCACGGCCUCCUCCGACCCUCCAGAGAUGUACGAGUUUUACACCUCCUCUGGAGAGGUGCGCAGAGCUUGGAGAGACCAAAUCUGGAAGGCGGUGGUGUGCUGUCCAGAAGAAGAGGAAGAGGAACCAGAAGAACUUUCUGAGAGAAUCAGGAACUUUGCAAGUAAUCUGUGUAUGAGAGAUGCCUUUAUACAGCACCACCUCACAGAAAAUCACAGGUUAUUUGCCAGCAUUGCAGCCUAUGUGACAGGCGCUGAUGACUGCUCACCAUCUGAACACAACGCAGUUGAGUCCCUGCAAGGGGAUCAGAUUCUCACGGGUGCAUUAAAGGACGUGGAGCAUUUACAGAGGUUGUUGGUAGCAUGUGAGUUAGACCAGACUCCCUCCACUGGUGAGGGAAUGGAUCUGGUGCCAGUGUCCAAGAGUCCUCGUAUCUUCACAGGUUUCGACAAUGAUGACUACACAUUACCUAGAAAUGUUACUGGGAGUUUAUUGGAAAGAAUGAAAGAUGGAAACCAGCGGGCUAACUCAGAUUCUCAGAUCAGAGAGCUUUGUACUGAGGAGAGUCUGGAGUUAUCGGCAGAUGGGGAGAUCAUUCUAGAGAGCUGGAAAGUCAGUUUUCCUAAAGCAGCGCUUUAUGAAACUGUAAUUAGACUGUCACAGAAGCUUUGCAGCCUUCAGCCUGUAGUCUCGAAUUUAGAAACCCAUAUCGAGGUUCAGCGUGCCACCAUUGAUGAUUUGAUGUCCCAACACCGGGGCAACACACUCAUGGAACAAGAAAAGCAUCGGAAUUUGGAAAAGCAGCGGGAAGAGCUGGUCAACUUUCAGCGUCUGCAGGAGCAGUGCAGACAGGAGCAGAUGCAGUGGGAGCAAGCGCAAGAGAAACUGAGAGUGCAAACAGAGAUCAGGGAGAAAGAGCUGAGAGAGAGAGAAAUGAAGUGCAGCAAGCAAAAGGAGCAGCUGGCAAAGGAGAGACAUCAGCUGGAGAGGUGCAGAGAGGAAUACCAGCAGGAUCUGGAGAGACUCAGAGGCUCCAUGCGCGCUGUGGAAAAGGAGAAAGAAAAGCUGGAGCAGCUACAGAAAAAGUUAAAGAAGAAUGAGAACGGGUUAAACACUGGAAACCUUUCUCUGAAGAAUGAAGAGAUACAGAUAACUCCUCCUUAUCCCACACUGAAUGUCUCCAGCUUUGAAGAGAGGCCUCCACUGGUGCCACCACAUGGGAAGAGCAUUAGUGCUCUGCCCGUCAAGACAGAUGUACCCCUCCACCUCUUUAGCACCACCAACCAAUCACACAAAGUCAUUGCAAUUCAACAGCAGAUCCCAACCGAAUUGGCCAGCCAGCCGAAGGGCAAAGAGAAACACCGCAAACAUCACUCACAUCACCAUACCAACAGUGCAGCUGGCAUAGAGGUGUCUCAAGUACUGCCCAUCAAAGUUGCUGGAAAAGAGGGAAGCAGGUUAAGAGCCAUGAGAUCCAAGAGUCCUCAACAGCUCAAUCCAGAUAUCCUCAUUCAUCCAGAAGAGUUAUCCAGCGCUGUCCCCUGUCAUUCAAACACAAGCAGAAAGCACCACAACAACCCCCCACACACUACACAACCAGGACACCGCAAAACCAAAGACCAUUAAAAUACAGAUCACAUUGUUUACUUUUAAUGCCCCUUAUCAUCUGCAAUCUACAGGUUUGAUAUACUGUGAUUGUUUUUCCCUAUCAUGAUGUAAACAGUUAUGUUGUGGGAUAUUGUAUUUGUAGUUAUGAAACCAUUUAGAUUUUGGUCAUAAUUUUUAAAUACUUGUUUUGUUUUUACUGUGAUUUUUAUUGUUUUUAUAACACAUUUAAAGGUAUAGAUGAAAAAUAAGUAAGAAUUGUUUUGAUGAAUGUUGACCUUUUAUGUGUGGUAGAGACUCCGCCGUAACACAUCUAGCCUUUAUUAUAUAUAUAUCUAUGGGGACGACUACCAAAACACACUAGUAGCCAAUCAGCAGUAAGGCGCGUGUCUACUAACCGACAUCGUUGCCUGGGUUGCUUAUGUGUGUGGCGGGUCUAGCAAAAGAGGGUCCAGAUUCUGUUGGGGUAGGGGCGUGUUUGUUUAGGGGAUUUCAAAUGUCAACAUUGACUUUCAGAGAUCAAGGACCCUGCCUUUAACAACCAAAUAUUAUUGAUAUGUUAUUAAAAAAAUGAUACCAUUUUAGUGAAAUGUUAAUUUACUUUCAAAGUUUUCUGUCUAGUUUCUGCACAGAUGGAAAGAUUUUUUGUACAUGCAUUGUUUAGAUUUUGUAAACUGGAAAAUAAUGUUUGUGUAAGGGGUAAAUAUUUUAUAUAAUGCUUCUCUAAAGACAUAGGUUUUCCUUUAAUAUAUGGGGAUAAAGCUCCUAAUAUGUCCAUGAUCCUAUAUUGUAAAGAAUUCAUUUAAUUUUAGCUUUUGCCUUAUAUAUGUAAAUAAAUGAGUCACAGAUCACAUACUGAUGUAAUGUAAAAACAAUUUUUAGUUUUUGUUUAGGGAGAAGCUUAAUUUUUAGGCAACAUCCCAAUCAGCUGAUAUCAAAUAAGGGUUUUUACUUGGUUAGCUCACUUUGAAAGCUUAUUUCUGAUAUGAACUAAAAUUUACAGGAGUUGUAGAAGACUACCUGUGUAUUAUGUAUCAUGUUAUGUAUUGGUUUCUCCUCCUCCACAUGCAGCAGGGGGAAGUAAACUAUUACACACACAUUACUACAGUCAAAACCAUUUUACUGUCAGAAGACUUUACAUUAGAAGUGAAAAAUACCAUAUCUCAAGUCUCACAUUAUUUAAUAGAUUCAAUUGUGUCUUACUCUGAACUUUUCAAGUAAUGUUGUGUGUGGUUUUAAAA